AUGCACGCAGGGGUUGGGUUUAUAUCGCAGAGAGAGAGUCACAAGUGGGAGUGGCGUGAGAGAGUGUAUGGGAGAAGAGAGCAAGCCAGGGAGUCUGAGCAAGCCAGGGAGUCUGAGGGGAUGGGGAAGUCCACCCAAGAAAGGCGGUGCUUCACCCACACAAUCACGUCCUUAUCCCACCUGGAUGAUUCACAGGUUGCAAGUUGCACAAGACGCGUAAGAGAGAGUAGAGUAGAGGAAGGGCAAUACGGUCUGAGGGGAUGGGGAUGGGGAUGGGGAUGGGGAUCGGGAUUGGGAUGGGGAUGGGGAUGGGGAUGGGAUGGGGAUGGGGAUGGGGAUGGGAAUGGGGAUGGGGAUGGGAAUGGGAAUAGGGAUGGGAAUGGGGAUGGGGAUGGGGAUGGGAAUGGGGAUGGGGAUGGGGAUGGGAAUGGGGAUGGGGAUGGGGAUGGGAAUCGGAAUAGGGAUGGGAAUGGGGAUGGGGAUGGGAAUGGGAAUGGGGAUGGGGAUGGGGAUGGGAAUGGGGAUGGGGAUGGGGAUGGGGAUGGGAAUGGGGAUGGGGAUGGGGAUGGGAAUGGGAAUGGGGAUGGGGAUGGGAAUGGGGAUGGGGAUGGGGAUGGGAAUGGGAAUAGGGAUGGGAAUGGGGAUGGGGAUGGGGAUGGGAAUGGGGAUGGGGAUGGGGAUGGGGAUAGGAAUGGGAAUGGGGAUGGGGAUGGGAAUGGGGAUGGGGAUGGGGAUGGGAAUGGGAAUGGGGAUGGGGAUGGGGAUGGGAAUGGGGAUGGGGAUGGGGAUGGGGAUGGGAAUGGGAAUGGGGAUGGGGAUGGGAAUGGGAAUGGGGAUGGGGAUGGGGAUGGGGAUGGGGAUGGGAUGGGGAUGAGGAUGGGGAUGGGAAUGGGAAUGGGGAUGGGGAUGGGGAUGGGAAUGGGGAUGGGAAUGGGGAUGGGGAUGGGGAUGGGGAUGGGGAUGGGGAUGGGAAUGGGAAUGGGGAUGGGGAUGGGGAUGGGGAUGGAGAUGGGAAUGGGAAUGGGAAUGGGGAUGGGGAUGGGGAUGCGAAUGGGAAUGGGAAUGGGAAUGGGGAUGGGGAUGGGGAUGGGGAUGGGGAUGGGAUGGGGGAUGGGGAUGGGAAUGGGAAUGGGGAUGGGGAUGGGGAUGGGGAUGGGGAUGGGAAUGGGGAUGGGAAUGGGGAUGGGGAUGGGGAUGGGGAUGGGGAUGGGGAUGGGGAUGGGGAUGGGAUGGGGAUGGGAAUGGGGAUGGGGAUGGGGAUGGGGAUGGGGAUGGGAUGGGGAUGGGAAUGGGGAUGGGGAUGGGAUGGAGAUGGGAAUGGGGAUGGGAUGGGGAUGGGAAUGGGAAUGGGGAUGGGGAUGGGGAUGGGGAUGGGGAUGGGAUGGGGAUGAGGAUGGGGAUGGGUAUGGGAAUGGGGAUGGGGAUGGGGAUGGGGAUGGGGAUGGGAAUGGGGAUGGGAAUGGGGAUGGGGAUGGGGAUGGGGAUGGGGAUGGGGAUGGGGAUGGGGAUGGGGAUGGGAUGGGGAUGGGAAUGGGGAUGGGAUGGGGAUGGGAAUGGGGAUGGGAUGGGGAUGGGAAUGGGAAUGGGGAUGGGGAUGGGGAUGGGGAUGGGGAUGGGGAUGGGAUGGGGAUGGGAAUGGGGAUGGGAAUGGGAAUGGGGAUGGGAAUGGGGAUGGGGAUGGGGAUGGGGAUGGGGAUGGGGAUGGGGAUGGGGAUGGGGAUGGGAUGGGGAUGA